AGGAGGCGGCUGCUGGUGGUGGUGCUAUGUCUGCGCUCUUUGAGCCGGGGUCUCACUUUGGCGUCCUCGCAGCGCUCGCCGGGGCGGCCAUGUGGGUGUACGCGCUCGUGGGCGCGCUCCUCCUCCUGGGCAUUUGGAGAGCUCUGGGCACCCGGAGCCCCUCUUCCAACCCUUUCCGGGCAGAUUCCAGGCGGCCGCCCGCGCCUCUGGUGACCGACAAAGAUGCGCGCAGAAAGGUCCUCAAGCAAGUCUUUUCCAGGGACAAGGUUCCUGACGGCCUGGAUGCUGUCGUCAUUGGAAGCGGCUAUGGGGGCCUGGCGGUGGCUGUGAUGCUCUCUAAAGCUGGGAAGCGUGUGCUGGUCUUGGAGCAGCAUGGGAAGGCAGGGGGCUGCUGCCACACCUUCAACGAGAAAGGUUUCGAGUUUGACGUAGGGAUCCAUUACAUUGGACAGAUGCAGGAGAACUCUAUCCUACGCGUGAUGAUUGAUCAACUCACGGACGGGCAGCUGCAAUGGGCCCAGAUGGACUCUCCCUUUGAUACUGUCAUCCUGGGAGAUCUUGACAGCUGCAAGAAGUAUUACCUAUACAGUGGGGAGAAGGAAUAUGUCAAAGGCCUAAAGAAGCAAUUUCCUGGCGAAGAAGCUAAUAUUGACAGAUUUGUGACGCUUGUCAAGAGAGUCGCCAAAGGGAGCGCCCACAUGGCAAUUCUGAAAAUGCUCCCGAUGCCCUUGGUUUGGUUUCUGCACUGCACCGGCUUGCUGGCUUUGAUCUCCCCUUUCUUUAGGAUGAUAUCCAAAACUCUGUCGGAAGUGGCGGCUGAGUUCACGACAAAUGCAGACCUGAGAGCAGUGUUCAGUUAUAUCUUCCCUACCUAUGGAGUCAUUCCGGAGAAGUCAAGCUUCCCUUUGCACGCAAUCCUUGUCGAUCACUUUUUGGAAGGUGCCUGGUACCCUCAGGGAGGUUCCAGUGAAAUUGCAUUUCACUCCAUCCCCAUCAUUGAACGCGCCGGAGGGACUGUCCUCACCAAAGCACCUGUGCAGAGCAUCUUGGUGAACUCACAAGGAAAAGCCUGCGGUGUAAGUGUAAAGAAAGGUCAAGAUCUUGUUAACAUCUAUGCUCCUGUUGUGAUUUCUGAUGCUGGCAUCUUUAACACCUAUGAGCAGCUCCUGCCAAAGGAAUUGCGGGCUUUGCCAGGUGUUCAGAACCAGCUCUCCAUGAUGAAUCAUGGCAUAGCAGGAAUCAGCCUCUUCAUAGGACUGAAAGGUUCCAAGGAAGAACUGGGAUUUGAAGCUAAGAACUACUACAUCUACCGACACAGCGACUUCAGUGAAGCGUUCGUUCGUUACUUUAAUUGUUCGAGAGAAACCGCUCCAGAGAAUAUCCCCUUGCUAUACAUUGGUUCUCCAUCGGCUAAGGACCCCCUCUGGGAGAAGAGAUACCCAGGCAAGUCCACUCUAAUUGUCCUGGCAGUUGCAAAAUAUGAAUGGUUUGAGGAAUGGAAGGAGGAAAAGGUUACUAAGAGGGGAGCGGAGUAUGAGGCCUUCAAAAACUGUUUUGUGGACAACAUAAUGGAAACGGUUCUGAAAUUUUACCCACAAAUAAAAGAUAAGAUUGAGUAUGUCUCUGCGGGAACUCCUCUCACCAAUAAGCACUACAUAGCUUCUGUCCAAGGAGAGCUGUAUGGUGCAGAGCACAGCAUCUCCCGACUCCAGGUGGAAGUCAUGGCCACAAUACGCCCUCAGACCCCUGUCCCAAACCUCUACCUAACAGGUCAGGAUGUCUUUGUCGGUGGCUUUCCAGGAGCACUUCAUGGAGCCAUUGUCUGCGCUUCUGCUGUCCUGAAGCGUAAUCUCUACAUCGACAUCAUGUGGUUAUACGGAAAAAUCAAAGCCAACAGUGCCAUGAAGAAAAACUGAGCCUUCAACCUCCACCUCAGAAAGAAAACUUGCUCCUCCUGCUAUGUAGACUACCCGCUACCUGGUUUCUCCGUUUCCCCUCCAGGGCAUGUCAGCAGGGACCAAAACUAGCCAUCUAACUUGGUUCAUUAUUGCAGAAAGUUCUGGUUCAUGUGUGUUGCUGUGGAACAGGUUGCAGUUUAGUACGUAGGUCCAUUAAGCCGUUCUGAUAGGUUUUUCGUGGCAGAAAUAAGGACUCUACCUUCCAAGCCCUCAUGGGUCGGUUUUAAGCAUCUUAGUGGUACCGUGGUACCCUAAUUGGGGUGGCACUGGCAAGUACAUGGGCUUUAAUGCCAAGGAGAAUUGCUGAAGCUACUAGAGCAGUGGUUCAUAGUUCAACAACAUCUGAGGACUCACAGGUUGAGAAAGGCUGUGCCAGAGGCACCAUUCCCUAUAUUUGAGGUGACUGUCUGAGAAUUUGUUGUCCCAGGUGAUGUAGACCUGAAUUGCCCUUUCUCUACAAGGAAGGGUUUCCCUAUCAAGUACCGUAACUCAGUGGUAGAAAGCAUGUUUUAGAUGCAGCAGGUUCCAGGUUGAGUUAUUGGCAUCCUCAGGUAAAGGAUCUCAGGGAGCAGGAAAAGCAUUUUCUUAAGACCCUAGGAUGCUGCUGCUACUUGGUCAGAGCAGCUGGACCAAUACAUCUAACUUGUUUUUAAGGCAGCUUCGUAUGUCCAUGGUGCUAAAGACCAGGGUGCAGCACUCUUACGAAACGGUACUGAUGCAUUCUAUGCUACUUAUGGGAGCAAUAUAGGCUAGAUCACUCGUACAGAAAUAAGCCUAGAGAAAAGGUUAAUACAAAACGGGUGAUAGAAAUGUAAACCAAUUGCAGAAGUUUCCACAAUUGCAGAAAUAUCCGCAUUCACAACUGCCGUUUCCCCAGCGGCCACAUGGAAGUGGAAGUAGAUGCAACUCUCUCCAUGUUCCAUCUGGUUCAUGUUCACACUUUUUCAUGUCGUGGACAUAUGACAACGUGAGGAAAAUAAACAGGCUUAACAGAGAAGAGUGGGUGGCUUCAGUGCACUUGCUUCUAUGAGGGGAUAGAGCGCUUGUGGCAGUGCACAGUGUAAACAUGUAAGGGCCUGAAAAUGUAGAGCAGUGUUCAGGCAGAGAUGAAGCACAGCAUUUUGUUUCCUCUCUCCUUCCUCUCUCCCUGCCCCAACACCUUGUUAUUCUUUAAGAUUAGGGUGGGUACAAAUGUUCUGUUCCACUUGCAGUUGCCAUCUCCUCACAAAACACCAAUUUUUAACCUUUGGGAUAGAGGGUUGUGCGAGAAAAGUGAAAAUUUAAACCCAAAUACAGUGGUACCUUGGUUCUCAAACUUAAUCCGUUCCGGAAGUCCGUUCCAAAACCAAAGCGUUCCAAA